AUGGAAGGAGGAGCUGGGGUUGGAAGGCAACUUUUGGAAAAGGUUGGUGGAGGUUUCCAUAGGCCAGGAUCAUCACUGACUCCAUUGGAAAGGUUCUUAUCCUCUUCAAAUGGAGGAGGAGAAGGAGGAGGAGAUCAUCCAUCAGGAAAGAGAGCUACAAAUAUUGCUAACCAUGAGAAACAGGUUAUUUAUGUUGGAGAUAAUGGGAGUAAGUUUCCUUCUUGUGCUUCCUUUGCUGCAAUGGAUGUUGAUCAUCUCUUGGAUGAAGCUAGUUUCUGUGAUGAGUUUCUUGUUGAUGGAGAUGUUGGGUUUGGUGAGCUUGAUGCUGUGCUUGUUGAUGAAGUUGGAGACAAUGGAAAUGCAAAUGAGGAAGACAAAAGCCAAAGUGAAAAGGAAGUUUAUUGCAACCCAUACUCAUCUUCUAACACUAGUCAUGGUGCUACAUAUGUUGUUAAGGGACAGUGGACAGCGGAAGAAGACAGUUUAUUGCGUAAAUUGGUGAAGCAACAUGGUGUGAGGAAAUGGUCUCAGAUUGCAAAGAAGCUGGUUGGCAGGAUUGGGAAACAGUGCAGGGAAAGAUGGCAUAACCAUCUUCGCCCUGACAUCAAGAAGGAGACAUGGAAUGAAGAAGAAGAGAGGUUGAUGGUUGAAGCACAUAAGAAGGUAGGAAACAGAUGGGCUGAAAUAGCAAAGCAUAUCCCUGGAAGAACAGAAAACUCCAUAAAGAACCACUGGAAUGCAACAAAAAGAAGGCAGAAUUCCAAAAGGAAGUGCAAGAAGAAGGCUGCCCAAGGAGAGAGACCUCGCCCUUCAAUCUUACAAGAAUACAUCAAAGCCAAGACCGCAGAGGAGCUUAUUAUAUCCACAACCACCACCGCCACCACCACCACCCUUCCGUCAAGCCAACUCCACUUAGUACUCCAACAGGCACCAGAAUCCAUGCCCAUGUCUGUUCAUGGCUCCUCUAACUCAACCACAACCCUCGGAGAAGAUGCCAUGCUCUACAACUAUGGAGGGUUUGAAGGACUUCAAUUUGGUUCCCAAAUGAUGCAAGAGCCAUGGAUGGUUGAUUCAUUACAAGUUCCAAGCUUUGAAGAUGAUCAAGAUUAUCAAAAGUUCAUGUGGAUGAAUGAGAGCACAUUCAAGAGUACUCCUGAUAAUGUUAUUGCUGAAGCUAAUGCUAAUGCUUUGGUCCUACCAAAUGCUUCUUCUGAACAUUGCCUUACUAAUAACACUGGUAGUACUAGCACUACUACUACUACUACAACAACAACUACUACAACUACUAGUAGUGGCUAUUUGUUAUCAGAUAUCUACAUCUCAAGUCUUCUAGAAGGCGCACACUGGCCUUCUGUUAAUACCUUCGAGAACAUAACUUGUCCAGAGAUCCAUGAAGAUGUGAGCUUCUCGAAUUCAAAGAAGGAUAUGGAUUUGAUUGAGAUGAUCACUGCUAAAUUCUCUCACUCUCAGGAAAGUGGCACUGGUUAA